AUGGGAGACAACACCACGGAUUGGAGCAUUGGAAUCAAGUUUGUCCAGUUCCAGAAGAAUUCCAGCUUGCAUGCAGGUAUCCGCAAAUCACCCUAUGCAGCCAUGUUUGGAUAUGAGGCCAAAGUGGGCCUGACAUCAUCCUCGCUGCCUGAUGAGGUAAUUCAAAGGAUGCAGUGUGAGGAUGAUCUGUUAGCUGUACUCACCACCGGUCAAAACGGAAAGGAACCAGGUCCUGUUCCCAGUGCUGAAUCAGCCGAAGUUCACUUUGAUAUGGAACGUGCAUCACCCGAAAACAAUUUGAGCCGCAGAGAGAAUAAUAUCAUUGCCCGGAGAAAAGGUGCCCGUACGAGUCAACUUGCCCAGGCUGAACGCAUGGUCAAACGGAGUUGA